AUGGAAAGUGCCUCCUGUCCGGAUCUACCUCAUGGACACAAAGAUCCGUUUUCUCUCUUUCCGCUCAACCGAUUUCACUCGGUUCCAGCCCCAGUGGACUUUUUUCUCGAGGCGCUAUACCUCAAGUCUUCAAUGGCACGUACACUGUCGCCUCACCUGCAGACCGCCUCGGCUCGGAUUCCCAUGCUUGCGGAUAUUAGGCGUUGCCUUCACUCAUCAUCUCCUCAAUUAAACCCGUGUUCUCUGAGCAAAUUGUACACUUUUAUCUCUCCACGCCUGCCGCCUCUCGAGUGGAUUUAUGGCCGAAUUUCUGCGAUGGCUGUGAUUAUCCGUCGCCAUGGUCACGUGACCAUCAGGCCCCCAAAGUUGUGGUUGUUUCUUUGA